CAUUACAUCAUUAUUUUCAUCCUCUCUCUCUAUACAUCAUUAUUUUUUUAUUUCUCUCUCUACAGUACACUGCGUGUAGUACAACACAAUCCUCAUCCCUCCCAGGCUCCCGCCAUACAUUACAGUAGUGGUGGUGGUGGUGGUGGUGGGUGAGUCAGGUGCCGCCGCAACCCAUGGCCGCUAAUUUGGGCGGCCUGCCAGGCCUUGGAUGCGCAGCGACGCUGUCUAAGACACUAUCACACAAGGCUCCUCCAACAUCGAGCGUUGUUGCCCAAACCAAACGCAUUAAGCCCAAAAUGAUCCCCGCAUUGGCAGGUGCUCUCUCCUUCUUCACUCCAUCUGCUUAUGCCCUCCCCAAGGACCAGAUCCUCACCACCCUCACCAAGGUGGAGAGUGCGGUGGAGGGGGCACAAGAGGCAGCUGUGGGCGCGGUGGACGCAUUGGGAAGGGUGGUGGAGGCAACAAAGCCUAGUGUGGUUGCUGCUGCCCCUCUCGUCCAAAAGGCUGCGGACCAGGCAGGCCGCAUCCUCGGACCUGCAGGCUCUGCCCUGUCCAAGCAGGCCGAGGACGCCCUGCGAGCCCUCGGUUUCGACCCCCAACCUGCGGUCACCACAGCCAAGAGUCUAGUCAAUACUGCUGGAGAAGCAGUAAAGCAGGCCUCAAAAGCAAUCGAAUGGGCAAAACCCAUUGCCUCCACAGCUAUUGAUACGGUGUCUUCAUCCGACCCGAGCGUGAUUCUUGUGGCGGCUGGAGGUGCUUUCCUUGCUUACCUUCUCUUGCCGCCCACAUGGUCUGCCAUCUCCUAUAGUCUUCGAGGUUACAAGGGGGAGCUAACUCCUGCUCAAACACUGGACUCAAUCAGUAAUGGGAAUUAUCUGUUGAUUGAUAUUCGACCGGAGAAGGAAAAGAGCAAAGCUGGAGUGCCUCGCUUGCCUUCGAGUGCUAAGAACAAGUUGAUAUCGAUACCAUCUGAAGAUCUCCCCAGCAAGAUAAGGGGUCUCGUCCGAAAUGUGAAGAAGCUGGAGGCCGAGAUAGUGGCUCUGAAGAUCUCAUAUCUCAAGAGAGUGAACCAAGGAUCCAACAUCGUGAUCAUGGACUCGUACGCUGACGUGGGAAAGAUAGUGGCAAGAGCCCUUACUGGCCUUGGAUUCAAGAACUGUUGGGUCAUGGUAGACGGAUUCUCGGGGAGCAAAGGGUGGUUGCAAGGCCGCCUCGGAACUGAGUCAUACAAUGUAACAUUUGCCGAGGUUCUCUCUGCUUCAAGAGUCAUUCCAGCAGCAGUGAGACGGUUUGGAACAACCAGUGGUAGCUCACGAACACCUUCACAAAAGCGUCUACCAGGUGGUGUCGAUGACUAAGAAAAUAUCCUUCACUGGUUAGUGAAAGAAAAGAAUCCACCUUCUGAAAGAGUUGGUGUGGCUAUCUUCAACAUGUAAUUUAAGCAGUAGGUUUAGUCUGCAUCUCUUCGGCAUUGUCUGCUCUGUCAUGGUGUUUUUUUCAUUCUUUUAAGUUGCAUUUUCACUGUAUUAUGCUGUUCUGUUGUGUCUUUUUACAGUUUUGAGUUGGAAUCAGCGUACACCAUUAAGCAUGUAAACUUCAGAACCUAUUUUCGUGCUUUCCUUAUUCACAUCAGAAAA